CUGCUGAGGUCGUGGCAUAUAAAUCGCCAUCUGGCCGCUCGGUUCUCUUGGAUCUGCACGCAGCUUUCCUGCUUCUUAACAGCGCGCAACUUUACCGAGUACUAUUUGUACCGCCGCACUGCCUGCCUGCCAUUGCAACACACGAAAUGAUCCUAGGCGGAAAAGCUAUUCGCGGCGUUGCCGCUGGCAUUGGUCUUGCCUCCGAAGCAUACAAGGCAAACAAGCGAGAGAGGGAAUCAAAACCACCAGUUUCCAGCCCAACAGGAAGCGAACAGGGCACUGACAGACUCGCCAACACGCAACUAGAGGAAGAAUGGGAGCUCGACGAGGCGCAAGAUGAAUUACAUGAUGAUACACAGGGACGAGAUGGAAACGACAAACACGCCAAUGUUGACGGGACCGGGGAUGAGGUGGGCGAGACAAAGUACACCGUUGAAGCCUUCCUACGCCUUGUCCAGAGUAGCCCUCCAGCCUACGUUGCCGACCCCUCAGCGGUCCCAAAGCUCCCCUACCCAGUAAUCCUCCCGCAGCGCCGACCGAGGAACAACAAGCGAGGAUUCAUUCGCGCGUACGCACCCGAUCUCGAGCAAUUCGGCAUCGACCAGGGAAUGUUCCUGAAUUUCCUGGAAGCAUCGAAUCGCGCGUGCCAGGCGACGCCGUGGCUGUAUGCGCUGAACCUUGCCUCUAUUGGGACAAUUUGGCUGCCCAGCGCUAUAUCGUUUGUUGUGUCUGCCAUGAUUCAGUUGGGGACUGAGGCUGCCAUUGCGGCUGAGACGAGGAGGAAGACUAAUUCCUUCUUCGACAAAAUCAACGCGGAGUUCUUCCGACCGCGCGGGCUCUUCUGUCUAGUCAUGACGUGGAAACCAGAAUCCCCGUCGACAUUCUGCAAAUUCGAUCUGAAUACCGCCAUCUCGACGGCCGUUGAGUAUGGCGGGCCCGGCAAGUUGAACAGGCUGAAGCACACCUUCAAGUCCUCAAAUGGGAAGACACAAGGGGACCUCCCCUUCCCGGAGUCUGCACCGCUCAUAUUCCCAGAACUCGAUGCCGUCGCAGCAACGGGCUCCGAGUCUCAAGUACGCAAGUUGAAGAAAAAGGACUUUGUCACGGAUUACUUUGACCGCCGCUCACAGGCCAAGUUCCGCCACGAAAACCCCACAAGCGCCCUCAACAUCUCACCCAAUCCAACAUUCACCUCCCGGUACGCAGACCCCAGCCACCCGGCCAGUAGCGGCGACCUGCUGGGGCUGGUAAGCGGUGGCAAGAUUACAUACGCCAAGCUUCCACGGCGUCGACCUCCUCCUGCAGGCGCAGUGCAUAACGGACGGUUCGCAAAUGUGCCCGGUGGGAAUAUUGGCCUAAGGCAUAUACCCGGUGGAGGGCUUAUUGGUGCGAUUGCGGCGAGGAGGGGCGGUAGGGUGCAGGCAACACAGGCUGCCAAUGCUGAGUUUGCUGAGAGGGACGAGGGCUAUGGGGCGCCGGCUGUGAGUGGGCGUACUCGUGGUCGUGGGCAGAUCGCUGCGCGAGGUGCAUCAGGAACUGCAGAGGGAAGAAAUGACCCGCUUGCCGAUGGGUUGGUGGGUGGGGUUAAGAAGCUAUUGCAGAGUAAUGUGGCGUACUUGAUGAUCGUGAACAUGCCGUCCGAGGAGGAGAUGGUGGCGGCCAGGGAGAUGUACGAGGGCUGAGGCACAUAUGUGUUUUAAGAGGUGUCUCCUUGCGCUUUUUGAUGAGUGGGAUCUCGGCCGAUUAUCAUACGGGCAAUAGUACACGCUCUUGGGGAACAGGUUCCUUGGGCAAAUGGGAUAAUAGAGCAGUGCGGAUACUGCAGGGCCUGAGUAUGAUUAGUACUCCCCUAAGUUAGCCUCGAGAGAUGUAGGGAGCUUAGGUAGCAUCAGCACUGGUCACUAGAAAAAAAAAAUUCAAACUGUGCAGUGAAGCCCCAGCGGCCACUACCAAGAGUGGCUGAACCAUGUAUCGUGAGGUCCAUAGAUACCAGGAGAUCACGCUGUGCCCAACCGGUUUCAGAAGUCGGAGUGGC